GCGCCCUCACUUUGUUUCCCCCGCUAGCUGAACGGACCGUAAGCGACGAUGCUCCUGGGUAGAAGGCACAGAACGACGCUCCCUAGGACUCCCAGCUUUAACUCUGUCAUCGUCCGAGGAUUACACUCAGACAUGAUGUGAAGAUAACAGUGAUGACUUCUCGGUCAAAGGUCAAGACCUUUUCAAUGGAUUAAGUGCUUCCGGGUCAUGAUAAGCCUGUGGCAGACGACCAAGUGCUGUGCGCGGGAAACUUGGCUCUGCUGUGUGUGAAUAUUGAUUGAGAAAGGCAGUUAGGAGAAGAUGGGCAACAGCAUGGCUUGAGAGGAGGGGUAUGCACUAUGCAGACGGAGUUGGGGGCACAGGAGAAUGAGCAAAGACCGAUCAAGCAGUCUUUCUGUGGAUCCCUCCGACGCGAUGCACACUGGAAAUGUCUCAUUCUAACCCUCCUCAUCUACGGGUGUCUGUCUGCCAUUGCCUGGUGUAGACUGGCUGUCGUCAAGCGAGUAAUACAAGAGUACUACUCCUUCACUCGCAGCCACAUCGACAGGACCAGCCCAUGCAACGACGGUUAUAUCUACAUCCCCGUGGCUUUCGUCAUCAUGCUCUACCUUGUUUACCUCGUGGAGUGCUGGCACAGCCAUACACGGAUAGAGCUGCAAUACAAGGUGGAUAUCAAUUCAGUGUACGAUAAGGUCCUGCAAAUGAAAGAUGCUAUUCCCAUCAUAUGGUGGAAGGCUAUUUGUUACCAUUACGUCAGAAGGACCCGACAAGUAACGAGAUAUCGCAACGGGGACGCUUUCACGUCGACCCAGGUUUAUUAUGAAAGAGUGAAUUCGUGUACGGCCGGAUCUGCGUUUAAUUUUACCCAUUGUGGAGUGAAGGAUAUAUCAAAGUCGCUCGUUGGGUUAGAAGAAUACCCAGCCACAAAGAUCAGAUUCACAAAAGGCUUCUCUUUUUCGACUAUAGAAUCUGAGUGUGAGUUUGAGGAUCAGAGAGCUCAGUUCUUUCAGGACUACGAAUCAAGAGACGAUUACAUGGAAGGAAGGGAAGGAAUGGAUCUACUAAAUGUCAACUUCAAAGAAUAUAUGAUUGCAUUCGCUGAUCCAGAUAAUCUGCCUUGGUAUGUGUCCCAUGUGAUAUUCUGGCUGGGAUCCUUUCUUCUCCUUUCUUGGCCUUUGCGUGUGAUUAUUGAAUACAAAACAGCCCAUUUGCAUUACCACGUUCACAAGUUGUUUGGUACUAAUUUAGUUAAUCAGCCAAACCCGAUUUCUAGAGUGAGUACAAUGAAUAGCACAGAUCUGGAGAUGAAUAUACGUAAUAAUAACGCUAUUGUGCCCAGCUAUUCCGAGGCAAUGCUUCUCGAACCCUCUUUACAAAGGUUCACUUCCGAUGCAAAUGGAAAUAUCAGUUCAUCAGGAUCAGCGACGCCAAGGAGUUUAACAUUCUCUGCAUUACCGCCUUCAAGGAGUAGUGGCUUUAUACGUGCGUUUUUCUCCCGUGAUGUCCUGUCGAACGUUCGGAGAUACAACAGCUGCACGGCGAUUACCGGAAAUACGCGAGUGGUAAGUCGAGCAGACGAUAAUCUGUCCGGAAAUGAGGACGAUGACAUCAACAAUUCCGGUUCAAACCGAAGGAGACGGAGACGAAAGAGGCGAAAGCGUCCCACAAGUUCAAUCACUUUCGCUCCUGCUAUGCGUAACACAGUACUUCCACCCACCCCCGAGACACCCGAAGAUCACAUCAUAUCGAUGCAUCCGUCUGCGUCUUCCGUCUCAAUGUCAAGGUUAAGUAGCCGAGGUGGUCUUAACGACAAUCCGUCAUUCGUCCAGGACAGUCCGCGUCACGUGACACAUAAUGCCGUUAACGCAGACAGGCGACCCACUUGCCCAGUGAACGGAAAUCAAACCAGUGUCGUCAGACCAUUACACCAUAGUCAUUCAUACGACAACCCUCUAAUGUCCAGUGUUGAUCAGAUUGACACUGAUGAUAUGCAAACCUCGGGGACAGGGGACGACGAACCUCCACCGCCACACUAUGAGGAGGCCCUGCAAAUGCAAAGGGUAAAUGACGCAGCCGACGGACCCCCGACCCAGUACCCAGUGGGGGAGGAGGCAGCAGGUCAAGGACAGGACAAUCGCCGUCUCCUGUCCCCAAACACAGCACAAAGACAUUACCGGACAAUUCAUUGCAUGGAGACGUCGCUGUGAUGACGUCGAGACUUCAGUUGUAACGAGUCGAAUUAACAAAGGUCAGGCAGAAUCCUGUUUAAUGUUUAAUAUGAAUCGUUAGUUUCUGCUAUUGCGGAAACCGUUAUCGUUCAGUGGUAUUUUAGAAGCUAUCAAUGAAUUAUUCUCAUGUACUUCAGAUGUAUUCUUUCAAUGCCAGGUGCUAGCAUCACACAAGUGAUUGACAGCUGGGUUAUGGUUAAUUUGUUUAAAUAACAUUUACACAGAGAUUAACAAACAGAGUGACAAAUGAUGACGGGAUGAUGGCGACAACUUGCAUGAUAAACGAUACAAGCAUCUUCACCGAAACGUAGCAUUGAAUACACAAAGAAGCUGAGCGCUGUCUUUAUCUGUUAAUAAGGAAGUCCUUCUCUGUCUGGCCAUCUUCAUCAACACUGGUAAGACGGUUUGGUGAAGCUGGACAAUCAGCUGUAUGAAGCUUCAUCAGGGUGCUAGUAUUUGCACCCAUAGAUGAAGAAGUUGCCCUCCGAACAAUUGCUUGGUUUUAAUAUUAAGGCAAUAUGUGAAGCUGCUCAUAUCUUCAUUUCCAUUGAAGAUCCUAAUUCAAUGAGUAGGUAAGCUUGGAAAUCUUGCGACUCUGAAAAUAUGUAUUGAUGUAAAGUGUAGCAGUAAUAUACUAUCCAACGUUUGACAAGGAUACUAAGAUGGGAAAGUCUUGACAAGACAUACCAACUAAAUUACAAAUACAUAGAUUUGCAUGUUCUGGGAUAAAAGCAAUGUCACAUUCGAAAGUUUAUUAGUAUCGUCAUAUAUUACAUUAUAUUUGGUCUGGUAUAUUUAGAAUUAUGCGUAUCAUUAUCAAAUACUAAACAACCAAGUUGAUGUUGUUUAUCAGUACAUAUCAUUUUCAUUUUGAUUCAAUAUUGCUAUGACGGAUGACAAGAAGACAGUACUUAAUAUUAAGGCGUAAUUUGAAUGGAUUAAUCGAUUUAUGACAAUCAGUGAAAUUGUUAGCAAAAUUUGUACAUAACAUCAGUUCACCUAGAUGGUUUGUUUUUUUAAAACUUCUUAAUUGAAAAGAUUUUAUAUUUGAUGAACCUAUGGGCUUAUAUGCUCAGAAUCUUUCUCAAGCUCAAAACAUUUCUUACAAGCUGCAUGUAUGUACAGAUAUUAUGUUUCAUUUUAAAUUAUAUAUUAUGCAAGUGGAACUAUUGUAUCAAUUGUGUCCAGCGUGUUUCAGCGUCAUCUCCGAAGGAUACUGUUGUGCAUCAUCCAGUUCGAACCAAUUACCAUCACAAUAGCCGCUACAUCAAACCGGUCUUCUGAUCAUUUUUUAAUGAAGAUGCAGCUGGCUACGUACCUGCUCUUAUCUCGUCAUGCGUAGAUGGUAGAUGUUAUAGGAACAAUUUGGACAUAUAUCGCAGCGCCAAAAUGUGUUGCUUCCUUCCGCCCGUUUCACGAAAGCGAUGUCUUCGCAAAGAUGUCCGCUAACGGAUACCUGGUGCAUUUUGGGUAACUCUCCGGUGUUAACCGUCAGCAAUUCGGCCAAUGGAAACCACGCAUUUUGGUACUGUGAACCAUGCAAAUAUGAUGAUUUUCAUGUUCAUUAUUGAUUAAGGCAAUUGUGAUUAAUUGCACUCUAAAUGUACAAUGUUGCCUUUGAGGUAUAUUUAUGCAAUAAGGUGCAAAUGUGCAAUGACAUUUGCACUUUCCAAUAAACGUGUGACGGAAGCAAUUAUUAUAUAGCAGUGUGCAAUAUUGCUUAUAUUUCAAGGUUGAUUUCGUCAAUUUCAAACGUCGAUCCCAGUAAAUCAGGCGCACACGGUCGGUUCAAUUGUCAGCAUUUCCAUUCUGAAAUGCAUAUUGCCUUUAUUUGUGACUGGCAGCUUGCCAUGUAUAUUGAAGGCUUGGCGUGUUUCGUACGCGAUGGUGUCAUCGGUGAAUGGAAAACGUUCAUGGAAAUGUUUCUGAAAAACUUACAGUCGUCAUUCUUGGAUUAACAGAAUAACUGAUCAAAAAAGCACGAGAGAAGAUGCAGGCUGUUCUUAUAAAAUUGUUAUGUACAUUGUGACAGGUAAUAUGGUUAUUUGAUACUGAUGCUUCUAAGUAUUCAGACUAUUUUGUGUGUGUUCCAUUGCUCGUAAAUGGUGUUCUGGCACUGGAAAACAUUGUUAAUCAAAUAAGUUUUGCAUCAGGAAAUAGUUUCGGGUGUCUGAAACAAAGACAAAUGUCAGAAUUCCGAUUGAGUACGUUGCUUUUUUAAUGUUUAACUAAGAGUGAGUGGGUGAUUGAGAUGGGUUCUUCGCCACUUUGAACAAUAUUACUGUUAAAUCACAGCGCGUAAACUUGGGGAGUAGAGCCAGAUGUGAUCCAGGUCUCUGUGAAAUUCACAAACACCGACAUGGUGCUGACAAACCUAGAAACAUAAUUGGGGCGAACCGGGAUUCGAACCCACGAUCCUGGGACACAACUCUGCAUAACGAAUUGCGGCGCCAUAGACGACUGGGCCACCCGUGUCUAGUGUUUGACUUAGAAUGUCUGCUGUUUACUUAGAAAACUCGGACGGUCGUGGUGCUUUAAAAACAUAUUUAAUGGCAACAUAACAGCAGUCCAACUGACAUGACUAAAUGUUGAUAUCAAACAAAAGUCAAUUACAAUCGAACUGAACAUUUUAUCGAUAUGUGGUUCAAAAAUAUUAAAAGUUAAAUACAAUUAAUGGUACUUUUAUGUAAAACGCUGUGAGCGACGGAGGUGAUAACAUGGCGUUGUAAACACUGGCCCUAUAUUUUUCAUUUAAAGAGAUUUUAAAAGUGUCUAUCUGAUAAAAACUUCUGUACUCCUGAUAGAGGCUAGAGGACAUCCUUUAAGGUAGUUAUUUGUACAUACGCCUAGUCCCCACACAGAUAUACUUGCAACCCGUGUUCUGGGGACUAUUUAAAGACUGUGAAAAAAAUGGCUAUGUUCUGAGUAACGGUAAACAGCUCGAAUAAUACAGUCACCAACAGUGGACGGGAACAUUUCUGAAAUCUUGUUGUUUUUUUGUAGGAUCAUUCAUUGUAGAUAAAACUACUCAUAUGGUUUUUUUAAAACUAUAUUUCCGCUUGCAAAAAUACAUUCCUAGAUGCUACAGUAACAGUGAACAUUUCCCUUUGGUCAUUCAUUUUUUAAAGUAAAGACGAAACGGAAAACUAAUCGUCUUUUUUUAAAUUCCAAAAGGGUGUCUGAAACAUGAAAUAUUCAGUCAAAUGUCUUUUUGUGAAUAAGUAUAAGAGAUAUUCAAAUUACAAGUCUCGAACACAGAUGUGACAUUUGUAAUUUCCUUCAAAACCGAAUAGGGGUUAGCGUGAGGUUUAACAUUCAUUCAUUCGGACCGUUAAUGACACUACCAAACUGAAGUAGAUGCGUCGUUUUCAGCGUUAAGGGGAUUUAAACCUUAACUGUAAACUUCUUGUCAUCUCAACCCGCUGUCAUAACCCAAAAAAUGGUAUGGCUGUUGCCAGAUUUUUCAUAUAAAUGAGAAAGAAUAAUGCUAUGCUAAUUACAAAACCAGCAUGUCUCGGAUAGACGACAACGCUAAAUUGUAAAGAUAAAGCUACAAAGUUACUCUACGAAGAGGCUAGUUUUAGAAAUAUUGGGAGCGUUUUUUUUCUGACAUUUGUACAUGAGCUAGUCUUUAAUCCAAGCCGCUUUUCUUCGGAGGCGUAAAGUAAACAACAGCGACAAAACCUUUUUUCUAUAAUCACAAUAUAACACGUCAACACCAGGGAAGAACCAGUCUCAAUUAUACACCGAAACAGACUCCAAUUGGCGUAAAAAGCAAAAUAGUGGUGACAAUUGAAUGAACACUGAAAAUCAGUGGUGACAUGCUGUUCUAGCUUCCACCACUCGCACAAUUUGCAAAAAAAGUGUUUGUUUGUUGUCUAACAACAGCACAACAAUACUCAUUCCAUACGAUAAUCUCGAUUGCAUUAGUCUGACUAUAUCAUAUAUGAUACCAGGUGUUCGCGUAAAGAUAAACGAAUUCUGCCCCAUCAGUGGCACCAUUUACAAACACAUGCAAAGGCAAGUCAAUUGUUCCCCUGAACACUGGAACAUAUGGUACAAGUGAAAGUAGGUAAAGACAACUCAAGGUCAUCUUGGGACAAAGACUAAAAAGGUCCUCAUCUAACCAUUUCCAAUGGAAGCUGAACAGAAUAUUCUGAAGAACAAGGAAUCGAUUUGCUGAGGGUUAAUAAGCCAUUAUGGAAGUGUCACAACUUGUUAAUCAACUUGGUGACCCGUGUACAGUUAUUAUGAUGCUAUUUUUACAUAAGCUGUCAUCUUGGUUUGAGUGAUGACGUAUCCUCGUCGUAAUGAUGACCUGCGACCAGAUGUCCUAUGUCCCAAAUGGAAAAUGUUGCUUGUGGUGAUUUUGUGAUGAACUGUUUGUAGUUUUGUGAUGAACUGUUUGUGAUUUUGAAAACGAUGAGACCUGGGUAUUGAAAGGUGUUGAAAUCAUAUCUUUGUUAUUUAUUUUUGUUGCGAGUGAGAAUCAAAGUGUUUUUGCUGGUAAAUAUGCACCGAUUGGAGACUUUUGGUCAAUAAUGAAAUAAUGCACCUUUGUUCACAUGAAUUAUUAUACUGAUUUUUACAUAAAUAAUAA